AAUUGUGAAAAACUGUAAAUAGCAUGCUGUGUGCUAUGUAUGCAGUUUUUGAAUGUCAUUAUAUAUCCUGAAAGACAUUUGAGCAAGGUUGUUUCAUGACCCCAAUUAUCCAAGCAUGACUGACAGUUAUGCCAAAAAGAAUAAGAAAUUUUAUUUUAUGCAUGAAGGUGUUUUCUCUUAUAAACUGCAUUUUCACUCUACAAUUAAAACUAGUAAGAACCAGAGGGCUUAGGAGUACUUUGAACAUUGAACAUUUAGGUAAUAUUAUGAUUUAUCAUGUAUAAUAUGGAUUUUUGUAUGACUAAAAUUAGACAAAACAUGUCAAUGUACUAUAUUUUUACAGUGAAUAAACUUGAAACUUGUACUAUAAUGUUAAGGAACAUCGGCAUGGACCACUGACAAAUCAAUACUAAAUGUGUCAUAAAUUACCACAGGUGACAAAAAUACUUGACCAUUGAAUUUGAUUAUUGCUGUUUUAACCAAAAUAACAGGAUGGACAUGAGAAAGGACUGACAAGAAUGGACGGUCUGGUCUGGUCACACUCAGGGGCAGCCACUCUUUGAAAACGGCAAAUAGACUUAUCUGUUUAAAAUAUUUAUAUUGGGGAAAAUUAUAUUUAAAGUCCGCAUCCUCAGUUGAAACUGUCCCACCUGCAUCUGAAAACAAACCUACGCCACGCCCCUCACCUAUGAACUAGCCUACUACUAAUCUACAGCCUAAUUCGGAGUGCUGAGCAAAAAACUAUUUUUUGGUGUAAAAGGACCUCCAGCGUUUCUCCAACGUAACUACAACAAAAACGUUGGUGCCAUUGCUCAUUAUUCAAACUUAAUUUAAGAGCUGAAUUCGCGAAAUAAUAUAUUUAAUGGGUUAAAAUAAACUAAAACUGUUUUAGGUUUACAAUGUUGUGUCAGUAGGCGUAUCCAAAUUAAUCAAUUUGCACAAUAUUUUUGCGUCCAUCUGCGCAUCUCACAACAAUAGCUGGUAAAUAAAGAGCCGCAUAUUAGAGUUCGUUAUAUUAUAUUACGACUUGUCACCAAUGCAAAAUGCUGAUUCCUGAGCUUUACCCGUUGACAUAACAGGUAUAAGUCAUACGUUUCCUUUGUGUGCAAACCUACCAGUGGAUUUCUACGCCCCUUCAUUAGAGGGCAUGGAGAUGCACUUGAAGACUGGCCAGCAGCACUAGACAAGCGGUCACUGCUGCAACUUCUGCUCGGCAGUUCCAUGGAAGUGUCAUCUAAGCGUUGUCAAGAGGUGUCGGAGUAAACUUUCAGAAAAUGGAUGCUAAUAUUGCAGUUCUUGGAACAGAUAAUGUCGGAAAAUCAGCUUUGACAGUCCGCUUCCUGACUCGUAGAUUUAUUGGAGAAUACGGGGAUAUCGAAUCAUUCUACAGUCACAAUGUUAUUGUGGAUGGUAGGGACAUCACGUUUCACAUCUGGGAUUCACCAUAUUCUCAGGACUUGUCCACUGAGUCAUCUGCAUAUAAGAAGAGAGUGCAGUGGGCGGAAGGAUUUGUCCUUGUCUACAGCAUCUGUGACAGGGCCAGCUUCAACACUGUCACCAGGCUCAUCCAAUCAAUCAAGUCCGCAAAAGACUAUCUGGGCAUAAAGAAAGUGCCCAUAGUCAUAGUGGGAAACAAGAGGGACUUGCACCUUCAACGGACAGUCCUUAGUGAGGAGGGCAGGCUAUUAGCCCUUACCACAGACUGUCAGUUCUAUGAGGUGUCAGCAGCGGAAAACUACCACAGUGUCCUCAUGGUAUUUCAUGGACUUGUGGACAGAGUACGGGAGGCCAAGUCUGCCAUAAAGAAGCCAGUGGGAAUCAAAGGUAUAGUCAAGAGCAUGUCAGCAGUGUUUGCAAGGAGACGGACAGAUUCACUAUGAUGCUUUGAUUUACUGGACAAGCAGGGGGGAAACACAGUUGCCGUGCGACGUAUGUUGCUCUCUGCGCUCAGAUGUUGGGUCCCAACAUGCUGGGUGCCUUAAGGCUGGGACACGACCAUGCAAGGAAGAUGCAUGCAGUUGUUGUAGAACUAAGCUGUACAGCUGUUCUUGCUGCUUACAGAUCAGACUUACUUGAGGAGCGCACUGCCAAAGUAGGAUUAAAGACAUUUGAAUAUCACGCUUUCUCCAAGAGUGCACAUGUCAAAGAUGGAUAAUAAACAGUUUGAAUACUGUGAUUACAUACAACUGCUCUAAGCACUUAAACUGAAAUCUGUGUUAAUCUAAAACAUUGUGGGUGUCAAAUUAUGUUGAUCAAUGUUACUUCUUACAUUAUUUAGUUUAUUUAGGAAUUCAGGUCAGUUGUACAAAAGUCUUAACCAGAGUCAAAUUAUACAAUGACAAUCGGGGGGGUCAACUUCUUCUCGAGGGCGUGUUUCGACCCCCUGACCUGUUGUUUUUACCUCUUUGGGGGGGGGUUAAGACUUAGACCCACCCAAACCCUCCCCGUAAUUCACACCCUGGUUUUAACCUUUUCCCAAUGUUGCAUGAUCAUUGGAUUUGCAUUGAUUUUAAAGGUUUCUAAAUAAACCAGAAUAUAUUAAUCUGACGUGUGCCAGUUUACUAGGUUAUUAGGUAUACAGAUUCAAGACCACAGAGUGAUGCUGUUGUUGUCUCUCAAGCCCCACAGCCCUUUACCGUGUGAGGUCUGCUAAAAGGCUAAGCCACAAUAAGUGAAAUUCUGUUUGUAUAAUCGCGCAAUUAUUAAAAUACAAAGAAUUCAUGUAAACUGUAAAUGUCCAUAUGAAAAUGAACUUUAAUAAAAAACACAUGCAUGAUUUAACAAAAUUAUUAAUUUAUGUAAUUAGCACGUAAUGUUGACACAUUUUAUAUGAGUAUUUUCUUUUCUAUGUUUGUAUCUGGAUUUAGUUUAAUGAGGCUGACAGCAUUUUAUUCAACUCAUUAAUGGCAAAGAUAUGCAAACAGAAAUGAUUGUGGAUUGGAUUCCAGCUGUUGCCCAAGCAAAGCUAAUGAGCAUAUUUUCAUUUAUAUUUAUAGACUGACAAAUCACGGUACUUCAGCCGUUUCUGCAUACAUUUUUAAAUGCUGUUGUGCUGAUGGUAACAAUCCUUAAUCCUGAACUUGCAAGUGCUGAUCUUUCUAAGGGUUCACAAAUGACAAUGGCUGUUAAGUGCAAGAGGUGGAGAAGCUUGAUUGGACUGUAUGCAUACAGUGCAUCCGGACAGUGCUUAACUUUUUAUAUUAAUCUUAUUUCAAAAUAGAUUAAAUUCUACACACAAUACCCCAUAAUGACAAAGUGAAAGUUUGUUAAAGAUGUGCAAAAAUGUACAUGUACUCACAGACUUUUGCUCAAUACUUUGUUGAAGCACUUUUGGCAUCAAUUACAGCCUCAAGUAUUUUUGAAUACGAUGCUACAAUCUUGGCACACCUAUUUUACAAUUACAUUUUAGUCAUUUAGCAGACCCUCUUAUCCAGAGCGA